AUGACGAACACAAUUAUCAUUCCAUAUAGACCCCCGCACUCGAGUGCGGCGUCAAAUAAUAACGUCGUUGAUGGGGUGAAACGACAAAGACGGGAAGAUGCCUCAAAUUCGGAAGUGACGUGCAGCGAGCACCUGGAAAGCAAAAGGGACUCCAUUAAUAUUCAGAUGGGCUUCAUCAUCACCGACGAAAAAAGUGACAAAACGGAGCCACAAAGAAUCUCCUUUGGGGCACAGUCUUACUUUCAAGUAGAAUUGAAAGAGACUGCGUUGAUAUCCGGCAUUGUUACCCACGACAGUUCGCAUUUUGAGUUCCGGGUUACGCUCUUCCGGGUGGCGUACAGCACCGACUGCAUCACAUUCGCCAAUGUCACUGACAGACACGGCGAAGAUCAGGAAUAUUACGGAAAUAAGGACUCUAAUACUUCAACGACAGUGAUGUUCGAUCGCGUGUUCAACGCUAGAUGCGUGCGCAUCGUGCCGACAAAACGUAUCGGAGAAAACACUGCCAUGACAUUUGAACUGCUCGGCUGCUCUCCUGACCAUUGCAAGGGCUCCAUCACGCCAAGUUCUACAGAGUGUCCCAGCUCCGAGAUCCGGAAGUUCGUGUUUGACAAGGAGAAGGUCAUCACGUCGAUGCGAAUCACCCUGACCGCUCCAGCUACCGAACAGACGCCCGCGUUUAAGGUGGCCUAUGCUAGGGCUUGCAACAACGAAAUGGGUCAGUUCGUGAAGGAGCACGACCUGCCGAAGGUAGACGAUAUGCCACAUGGUGUACUGAAGUGCACUGAACGGACCAUUUAA